GCGUUAUUCCAUUUUCAAUUUUGAAAAUCGUCGGUUUUUAACUAUCAUCGUCUUUCGUGUUUGUUUUUAUUUAUAAAAUUUUUCAUUUCGUCUAAUAGGUAUCACAAUUCAGAUUUAUUUUACCAAGCAUAUUAACUACUGUCCAUUGUUGUUGUUAAUAAUUUAUAAUAUUUAUAUUUAGUGCUUAUAAGAUUUUAAGUACAGGUUUCUUUAGGUGUUUAAACUCGACUACAUUAAUUGGGUGUUAGUGUUCUGACCAGUUGAAAAAUAAGGCUUUAAAAGAUGUCGUCUCUAGAGGAGCGCUUAAAUAAGCUACGAGAGGAGAGAAUGGCACGUGAAAAAGCCAGGAUUGAGAAGUUAAGAGAACUCAACUUGAAAAAAUACAACAAAAAUGAUCCUCAACUAAAAAACUCGGUAUCCAAUACAUCCAUAGCAAACAAAUCCAAAUCUGACCAAGUAGCCAAUAGAGCCAGAUCCAAUAAUUCGGUUAAAAACAAUGCACAUAAUAUGAAUGACAUUAAAAGACCAAAUACAGUUGCUGUUGUUAACAAAAAAGUACCAAAUACAGAAAGCAUUAAUUCUAAACCGAACAUGUUUCCCAUUAAGACUAUAACAAAAGCAGCUAAUUAUAAUAAUGAUAUAAAACAAACAAAUCCUAUAAAGGAUCAUGGAUUCAAGCCUAAAGUAACCGAGAAAAAUCCAAUAAACUUGCACUUUACAAGUAAUACUAAUAAAGCUAAAAUUGACAAUAAUUCAAAUAAAAACACAACCAAUACACUAAAUACAAAUUAUUCGACAACAAACAGGAAAAGUAUUGCACCCAAAAACGAUAUCAAAUCAGCAUUACCUAGAAAAAGUAUACAGCCGUCGCAAUUGCCUCAAAGCUUGGUAAAAGUGCAGCCUAACCGAGAAUCUGUAUUUGAUCGAUUGUACAAACCAAAAAUUAUAGAAAGGAAACCAGUUGACGAUGUUAAAAAGCUCCAAACUGAUGGGAACUACCUAAAAAAGCUAUUAAAAGACUCUAGGUUGAUUGUUAAUAAACGACAUACAGUUUUUGAUGUUAAGAAAAAAAUUGAACCGCCAGUAAGGCGUUCUAUAUCUGCUGUUCAUUUUAAAAGAAUAAGUAAAAGUGAAUUAAACAAUUGUAUUCAUAAAUGGUCUUCUAUUGGCGAGAAACUGAAUACAGUAGAUCUAAAAGAAGUCAACGAAGAUGAUUCUAUAAAGGAAGACAAAAUAGUUUCAGCAGUUAAGAGCGAGAGGAAGAAAGUUAAAUUCCAAACUCCCGUACCAUCCAAUUUUAAUACCCCCAGACCUGAGGAAUUGCAGUCCAAGUUAAAAAGUUGGCUGCAGAAACGAGGCAAGAGUUUAGAGUCCUACCAUCACUUGCAAUGUUUUGGCAUUCAUCAUUUAGCUGAAAAAAAUAUAAAGGCAUUUAAGGAGCCACCUAAAUUUGACCUUUAUGAUGAUGAGAAUAAGGAAAAUAUUGAAUUAGAAUCUGAUAGUGAUGAUGAUUCAUAUACGGAUAAUAUGAAUGAACCAAAAGAAGACAUAUAUAAUGGACUUAAAGAUGACUUUGCUAUGGAUAAGUGGAGAAGAGCAAGUUAUGUAAGUGACAGUGCAGAUUUGAACGAGAGCCAUGAUACAACAAUAACUUCAGGAGAAGCAAUGAAUGUGCACCAUGUUGAUGAAAUACUUAUGGGAGUUUUGAGUGAUUUAAAUGAGCUAUUGCGCGAGGGUUUCGACUGGCAGCAAUGUGCCAGGUGGCUCCGCGUAGUCCGCGAGCGGUUCCCCUCGGCUAGCCAGACUGCCGCCUACUGGGAGUGCAGAGCUGCGCUCGAGGACCGCAGGGGUGACUUGCCAGCUUCUGUGCAGUGUUGGGAAGAAGCCAUUGCAAAGGGUACAGAGCGUUCAGUAGUAGAGGCCAACCUCGACCAGCUCUUGGACAAGUUCAUGCAGCUCAAGAUUAGUCCUAAUAGUGGCAAAAAGAAGCAAGUGGAUCCCAAGAUGGUUGAUGUCAAGAAUGUAUUCAAGAGUACCAUCAUACGAUUUGCUGUCCAGCAAGCUAAAUUGAGGAAGUCCAACAUAAGCGAGCCAACUAAGUAUACAGUGACGCCGGUCAGGCGCAGCGCCCGCCUCAGUGCCCACUGGAGCGGCAAACGGACACCGUUACAGAUAUGCACCACCGUACAUCAGGCUGGACAGAUCGCUCAGCCGCUGCAGUUUGUCCCUAAUGAACAAUUACUGGGGACACCUUAGUUGUUUCCAACUCAAGACUGCUUCUGCUAAACAAAUGAAUAGCCAUCCUUGUUUCUUUAUGCCUUUCUCAUUAUUUUACUUUUUUUUUUUUUUGAUGGGUGAAAAUGGUAUGGUAACCCAGCCUGCGCUAACGGGAUACGCUGGCGGAGCACCAGUGAAGGGUGAUAGAUGAGAACGAAAACAGGCCAGUUAGCCCAUCAUGAUAAAUUCAUCAGGAAUUAACCAUGAUAUUUUCCAGGGAG